GUUGUUCCUCCCAUAAACUUUUUUCUUCAUUUUGUUUGAUUUAUUGUUUCAAUCAAUUAAGCAUCAAAUCAAAUUCAUUCUCCAUUUUCAAUUCAUACACAUAAAGUCAAAGACGCCAACCCAUAUAAGAAUAACUCUUCCUUUAUUUAAUCUUCUUUUUUUUAAUGCAAAUGGUGCAAAUUUACUAUAGUUUUGAAAGUGAUGGCUUCUCUCAUCAUCAACAACACCACCUACAUUUUCCACACCAUUUGUUAUUGCGACAAAGUCAUAAAGACAAUAUCUUGUCCCACGUUUAUGUUUCACCCUCUUGGGUGUUUUACUUGUAAGUAUUAAUAAUAUUGCACACCAUGUGUUUGGUUUUAGUCUCUUCAUGCUAUUAGCUUCAAAGUUUCAGUCUUUUUGCAUUUUGGUUUCAUUGUAAUAAUUCUUCAAGAUCAAAGUUUCACUUUCUUUGAGAAAGAAGAAUUUUGAGUUGUUCAUGAGAGAUAUUUAAAGGGUUGUGUUGUGGUGAUUUCAAAUAUUUCAACGAUGUAUCUUUCAAAAGGUUACAAGCAUGAAGUUGUUUUCAUUUUAUGGUUUUGCUGCUAUUUGGUACUUGUUGCUGCACAGGAUAAUAUCACUGACCCUACUGAAGUUGAAGCAUUAAAAGCCAUAAAAAAAAGGUUGAUUGAUCCUAAUAGAAAUUUGAGCAAUUGGAAUCGCGGAGACCCUUGUACAUCUCGUUGGACAGGAGUUUUGUGUUUCAAUGAAACAUUAUUCGAUGGCUAUUUACAUGUUCAAGAAUUGCAACUAAUGAAUUUGAGCUUGUCCGGAAAUUUGGCACCAGAAAUUGGCAGCUUACUUUAUAUGGAAAGAUUGAACUUCAUGUGGAACAAAAUAACUGGGAGUAUUCCAAAGGAAAUUGGCAAUAUCAAAUCUUUAUUCCUCUUGCUUCUGAAUGGAAAUCAGUUAACAGGACCACUACCAGAUGAGCUUGGCUUUCUUCCGAACCUUGAUCGAAUACAAAUUGAUCAGAACAAUAUAUCAGGACCUCUACCUAAAACAUUUGCAAACCUGGACAAGACAAAGCACUUUCACAUGAACAAUAAUUCAAUUAGCGGGCAAAUCCCACCGGAACUCUCCAAACUACCAAAACUCGUUCACUUCCUUCUUGACAAUAACAAGUUAUCAGGAUAUCUUCCUCCUGAGCUAUCGAAACUUCCGAGCUUACUUAUACUUCAACUUGACAACAAUAACUUCGAAGGAAAUAGCAUUCCAGAUACUUAUAGUAACAUGUCAAAAUUGUUGAAGCUGAGCCUUAAGAAUUGCAACUUGAAAGGACCGAUUCCCGACUUAAGCCGGAUACCAAACCUUCUUUAUCUUGACCUGAGUUCCAAUCAGUUGAAUGAAUCACUUCCUUCCAAACUUUCAGAACACAUCACAACCAUUGAUUUAUCCAACAACGAGCUUACGGGAACCAUUCCGUCCUCGUUUUCUAGUCUUCCACAUAUUCAGAAGUUGUCUCUUGCAAACAAUUCAUUGAUUGGCAGCGUUCCUUCCACGAUUUGGCAGGACAAGAUUUCAAAUGAAACAGAAAGAUUUAUCUUGGAGUUGGAAAAUAAUCAAUUUACAACUGUAUCAGGCAAUGCCGAUCUUCCUCAAAAUGUCACAGUCUUGCUUUAUGGGAAUCCCCUAUGCUCAAAUAACAGCCUGAUUCAGCUCUGUAGAUCUGAAAGUGUUAAUGACACAAGUGACCUUGUUCCAACAAAUGGCAAUGGCAUCUGUCGUGCUCAAUCAUGCCCGCCGCCUUAUGAAUUCUCUUUGGAUUGUUUCUGUGCAGCCCCAUUGCUUGUUCGUUAUCGACUAAAAAGUCCCGGGUUUUCGGAUUUCGUUCCAUUCAUAAAUGAUUUUGAGGAAUACCUGACUACUGGUCUUAGUAUAAAUAUGAGUCAGCUAAACUUUACUUUUCGGUGGGAAGCAGGACCUCGACUCAGAAUGGACUUGAAGUUCUUUCCUGUAUAUUUUGGUCCAAAUAGUUCUCAUACUUUCAAUGAAACUGAGGUCCAACGGAUUAAAAGCAUGUUCACUGGAUGGAAUAUUCCUGACAGUGAUUUGUUUGGGCCAUAUGAAUUGUUGAACUUCAAUCUAGGUUUUUACCAGAAUGCGACUACCACCUCUUCAAAAUCAGGGAUAAGUACAGGAGCGAUAGUUGGCAUAGUCUUAGGGGCAAUUGCAUGUGCAGUGACGCUAUCUGCGAUUGUUACUCUUCUUAUAUUAAGAACAAAAUUGAAAGAUUAUCGUGCAGUUUCCAAAAGGCGUCGUGUGUCUAAAACCUCAAUAAAAAUGGAUGGCGUAAGGUCUUUCACUUAUGAAGAAUUAUCCUCUGCUACGAACAAUUUUAGCAGCUCUGCUCAAGUCGGACAAGGGGGAUAUGGGAAAGUAUAUAAAGGUAUUAUUUCUGAUGGCACUGCCGUUGCUAUAAAACGUGCACAAGAGGGAUCACUGCAAGGCGAAAAGGAGUUCCUUACAGAAAUAUCAUUACUAUCAAGGUUACAUCAUCGCAACCUUGUGUCUCUGAUCGGAUACUGUGAUGAAGAAGGUGAACAGAUGCUGGUUUAUGAGUAUAUGCCAAACGGAACACUAAGGGAUCACCUUUCUGUUACUGCAAAAGAACCUCUGACUUUUAUCAUGAGAUUGAAGAUUGCAUUAGGAUCAGCUAAAGGUCUCAUGUAUCUACACAAUGAAGCUGAUCCUCCAAUAUUUCAUCGAGAUGUCAAGGCCAGCAACAUAUUAUUGGACUCUAAGCUCUCUGCAAAAGUUGCUGAUUUCGGACUUUCCCGGCUUGCCCCAGUUCCAGAUAUGGAAGGAAUUGUGCCUGGUCAUGUAUCUACUGUGGUAAAGGGGACACCGGGUUACCUUGAUCCAGAGUACUUCUUAACUCACAAGUUGACCGACAAGAGUGAUGUUUACAGUCUUGGUGUUGUGUUUCUUGAAAUUUUGACCGGAAUGCAUCCUAUCUCACAUGGCAAAAAUAUUGUUAGAGAGGUCAAUCUUUCAUACCAAUCGGGCGUAAUAUUUUCAAUCAUCGAUCCACAAAUGGGCUCAUAUCCAUCUGAACAUGUGGAGAAAUUUUUGACAUUGGCCCUCAAGUGUUGUAACGACGAGCCAGAUAAUCGGCCUAAAAUGGCAGAAGUGGUUAGAGAGCUCGAAAACAUAUGGAAUGUGAUGCCGGAAUCAGAUACAAGGAGAGCUGAAUCUAUAACUAGUGUCAGUGAUUCAAGCAAAGCAAUGAGCACGCCAUCUUCAUCAUCUGCUAUAAGGACUCCUUUUGUAUCAGGUGAUGUAUCUGGUAGUGACCUUGUUAGUGGAGUAAUACCAAGCAUCAAGCCAAGAUAGAAUUACAUACAACAGUUGAAAAAUAUUAGAUUUAGAUAUUAUGGUCCAUUUUAUGUGAGGUUGUCAUUAAUUACCAUAUGAAUUGAAUAAUGAGAGUAUGUAUUAUGUCACUAGGUUUCAUCUUCACCCUUUGUAAUUUUUUUCUUUUGUACAAUCUGAUACACUGAUAGAACAUGAGGUUGCAUAUAACAUACAAGUUUUUUUACAUCAUA